UGUAUCUUCCUUACACUCACUGCCACUGCUCCCAACAUCUCCAUCAUACAGUCAUGGCCGGUACCCCUCUAUGUCUUUUCCAUAGCCACUAUCACUACUCAUCGCAGGAAACCAAGACCGAGGACUACCAGACGCUGUACCGGCGGGCGGCCCAGAGAGGAGGCAUCAUAGAGAACAGAGGUGCUACUACCAAGACCAAGACUAAACUGGAGGACAUCCUUAACAGGGACAUCGCCGUCGUGAUGGGUGAGCCAGGAGCUUUUCACACCCUCAACGAGAACAGGAAAGUGGACGGUGGCUGCCUCCUCACCUACGGGCGGGAGGCCAUCGGGCUGGAAUACGCCGCCCUCGCUGUACCGAAAAAAUCUUUCCUGAAGCCUCUUAUCGACAGGAAGCUGGUGUGGAUGCGCGAGAUGGGCACAUUAGAGCGGUACUACCAGGGCAGCUUCGGCGUCACCUGCUACAGGGACAAUACUGAAUCCUCGGAGCCUUCGAGUCUCGUCUUAAUUCAGCUGCUGUGUUUAUUUUACGUCUGGAGUGCGGGACUGAGUCUGUCGUGUCUCAUGUUCAUGGUCGAGGUGUUCUGCGGCAAGCUCAACCCUACCAAGACCUGACACUGCACAGCCCGCCCCCACCCACGCCUUCCAGUGACUGUCAGCCUGGUCUCACCGCACACAUCGCCGCCAGUGAACCCUCCAGCACGCCCUGCCAGUCCUUGUCUCUGCUGAUAAAUUCCCUCUUCGC